UUCAGAGGCGAGUUCCCACAGGACGAGAGGCUAAUGUGCUACAUGAAGUGCAUCUUGAUAUCGACUAAAGCGAUGAAAAACGACGUUAUUCUGUGGGAUUUUUUCGUGAAGAAUGCCCGUAUGAUAUUACUCGAGGAAUAUAUUCCACGCGUUGAGAGCGUAGUCGAAACGUGCAAGAAGGAAGUGACAGCUACGGAGGGAUGCGAGGUUGCGUGGCAAUUUGGCAAGUGCAUCUAUGAAAAUGACAAGGAGGUGAUUUUUAAAUACGAUUACGCCGAAAAUAAUACUUUGGCUCUAUUUAGUGCCAUGAACGAUCUUUCAAUAGAGAACUCGCGAUAUUAUCGAGGAAGCAAGAGAAAUUUCUACACACCUGCACAUCGUCGUUAUCUUGGCCAUCACGUUCAUAACCGUGGAAAAGCAGUGUGCAGAAAUACCAGGACCAAACCGCAAUGUAGAAGAGUCUAAGAAAUAUCAUCGACCAUGUUUUAUUCUAUAAUCGGUCCUCGAUCGAUAAUUUUUCGAAAAAUUUUUUUUUUUUCAAAUUUCCAUGCGCAAAUAAUUUUAUCACAGAUCUACGAAUGGCUGUCUUUUACAUUGAAGGACUAGCUUUUAAAUAUUACUGUGUUCCUAAACUUUAUAAUUUGAUAAAUUAUUUUAUUAUA